UUUCCCACAUGGCUCCCAGCUACAGGCAGAGCUCCUCCUCGGGGCUCCUCUGCUUUUAUAUUUUAGUUUUGGAACCAAGAUCUUUCCAGUUUCUUCUUGUUUUUCUGCUCAUGUUCUGGAAGGUGUGAGAGCAGAGCAGUGAAGGUGCUGGCCCUUUAAGAAGUCCUGCUGGUCUGAGUGUCUUGAGACAAUAGCCAUUAUCACUUUAGCUUUGGAAGUGACCCCUGAAUCUGCACUCCUUUCAUCUUGGAUACAAGAGCACUUGAGGAUGGACUAUUUCCUGGUGGGGAGGGGAGGAGCUGAGACCCCUUCACACAAGCCAAAGCCAAUCACUCCAGAUGGUUCACUCCAGAUCUGAAACCAGUUCCAGUCUGAAUGUGGGACCCAGCUGAGAAAGUGGAGCCUGCUGCGCUUCCUGCUGCAGGAUUUAAAUGUCCAGGGAACUGCCUUGCAGAGGGAGCAAGGCAAGUAACAGCAGCGGCCGGGGACUGGCUGGUGUGAGCGCCAGGGCUCUGCCCAACAAGUAAGGAUGAUCCAGCGGCACCAGCUGGUGCAGUCUGUGCUGCAGGAGCUGCAAGAGGCCACUGAAUGCUUUGGGCUAGAGGGAUUAACCAGUGCAGCCCUAGAGGCUGAGAGGACCUUGUCCUCUUUCUCACUCCCCAGCUACUGUGGGAGGCAGUUCCAGGAAGAGCUGGAAAUUGACCGGGUAGCAAGAAGCCUGUAUCCAGAGGACGCCCCCAGCAACAUGCUGCCCCUGGUGUGCAAGGGGGAGGGGAACCACCUGUUUGAGGCAGCCAGUGUGUUGCUGUGGGGCAACCCCAGCCUGAGUCUGGAGCUGCAGGUGCGCACAGUUGUGGAGAUGCUGCUGCACAAGCAUUACUACCUGAAUGGCAUGAUUGACUCCAAGGUGAUGCUGCAGGCUGCCCGCUACUCUCUCUGCACUGAGGAGUCCCCCGAGAUGACCAGCCUGCCUUUGGCUAUCCUUGAAGCCAUUUUUGAUGCUGACAUCAAGGCUACUUGUUUCCCUGGCACCUUUGCUAACAUGUGGCAUGUCUAUGCCCUGGCCUCAGUGCUGCAAUGUAACAUCUACUCCAUCUACCCCAUGAGCAACUUGAAGAUCCGGCCAUAUUUCAACCGCCUCAUCCGGCCCAGGAAGUGUGGCCCACAGACCUCCACGCUUCACAUCAUGUGGUCAGGCCAGCAGCUCUCCUCACAGGUCUUCAAAGCACAGUACUUUGUAGCUGUGGUAGGCCUGGAAGAGCUGGAACCUGCAAGCCCUUCUCCAGAGCCUCCAGUCCAGCCAGUCCAGACUCUGGAGUUGCUGAAGAGUGACCCCCGGCUGACCUACUUUAAUCUGUGUGACAAGUACAGCAUCACUAAGAGCACCUUCUACCGCUGGAAGCGCCAGUCCCGGGAACACAGGCAGAAAGCAGCUACCAGGUUUGCAGCCAAACACUUCCUGCAGUCUUGCUUCCAAGAAGGCAAUGUGAUCCCUCUUCAGCACUUCCGACAAAUGUUCCCAGAAAUCUCCCGCUCCACUUACUAUGCUUGGAAGCACGAGAUGCAGAGCAUGGUCAAUGGUGGUGACACCUCUGCUCCAGCUGAGACUCCGAGGUCACAGGAGCCUCAUGGAGACCAUCAAAAAAAGCCCAACCCAGACAAGGAUGAUGCAGCAAAGUCAGAGGGUAGCCUAAGGCCAAAGAUCCCUCCCUUGGAGCCCAGCCAAGCAGGAAUCUUCAUGCAAGGAGCCAAGUCAUACCUGGAGAAAUGCAUCUCCAUGAACACUCUGGUACCCUACAGGUGCUUCAAGCGCAGCUUCCCUGGUAUCUCCAGGUCCACCUACUACAACUGGCGGAGAAAAGCCAUUAAGGGGAAUCCCAACUUCAAACCCCCUCAGGCUCCUUCAGUCAGCCAGAAGCCCCUAGUGAAAAGUAAGGUGUACCUGCCAUUCAAGCCUGGAAAUCUGUCUGGCAGGAAAAUGCUGAACGGACACCGCUCAGAGUCCAGAAGUCUCCUUCAGCUCAAACCCUCAGUCUAUAACUGGAGAAAGCAGCUUCGUGACAUAGCCAAGAGGCAUGUCCAGCAAUGGCGGCUGCCAUUCUGUAAGUUCCGCCUCCGCUACCCUGGCUUCUCCUCUACAGCCUAUUGGUUCUGGAAGAAAAGCAGCCAACAGAUGAACAAGCAGCCUCUCCGGACCAGCUCAUCCCAACAGCUGAGUCAGGUCAUCUCUGAGGCUCCUGGAAAAGCAGAGCCUGGGAUCAAGCCACGAUCCCAAAUGGAAGUGGCACCUAGGCAUCUAGACAAGCAGGCAUCUGUCACCCCCUACAAUGCAACAAUCUCUGGCUAUGCCAUGUCGGAAAGAGCCCACAGCCGGAUGUUCGUGAUGGAUGUGAUUGCCACUGCCCAGUUCAAAGCUCAGGCCAAGCUGUUCCUGCAGCAGCGCUUUGAAUCGAAGACCUUCCCAACCUACAAAGAGUUCAGUGCCCACUUCCCCCUCACGGCACGUUCCACCUACUACAUGUGGAAGCGUGCCCUGCACGAUGGACUGACACUAGUGGAUGCCUGAGGGCGGGCUGCCUGCUGGAACCUGCUCUCUGCUCUCCAGGCGGUAGGGCAGCAUUUGUGAGCUGCAAUUCAGCUCUCUUUGUCUUUGUUUUUUCUCUUAUUUUGGUUUCUCUUCUGUUUUGACUAAAUCUGGUCUCAGAGUACAGGGGCCAGGCCUGCCUGUUGCCAGUCCCUGGAGGCGGGAGGAGUGGAAUGAGAGCUCUGAUUUGUGUUGGAUUUGUUUCUGGGUGGCCAAGAUGCCCCAAAAAGUCAGAAGGGGGACUUCCUUCUCUUGAUGCUUAGCCUGGGAUGCAGGGUGGUGGAAUAGGGGAAAAGGAGGGAUAUGGGACUCUGAAAUGUUCCUGUAGGUACUAUGGGAAUAAAUGCCCUUAAGUUAUGGGCUGACAAAC